UUUUUUUGUGUGGACUUUUUCAAAAAUUUUAAAAAUAAAAUUUUUAAAUCAAGUAUUUUUUGCUUUUCUUUAACAUUCUCGCCUCUCUACUUUUUAUUUUUAUUUCUUUUUUAUCUCAAUUCUAUUUCUGAUAUGAAUAUUCAUAUACUUGAAUAUAUAUUUUAAUCAAAAAAUUUUUUUUGUAUUUCCUGUAUUUAAAAAUUAAAUUGAUGAUUGUAUUGCCUAUUUGCUGAGAAACAAUAAAAUAAAAAAUUUUGAAUAAAAUUUGAAAAUGUGGAAAUUUUUUGAAAUUUUUUAAAAGAAAAUUUGGUUAAUUUUUCCAUUGGAUUUUUGGUGUUUUUGAAUUUUUAAUUUAUUUUUUUUUGUUUUUGGAAAGGAUAAUGGAAGCGGUAAGCAUUACAACAACAAAUACAGCAACUCCUCUAUAUUUAGGGGAUUUGGAAAAAUGCGGAAUUGCGACGUCUAAUAAUUUGAGAGAAAUUUUGACAACGUGUGCUGAUCCUGUUGAGGCUAUUAAACAAUUUCAAGUGACUAAUAGUGUUCAGCUCCCUUCUCUAAAACCUGUUAUGAAACUGUUGGAUUUACAUGGAAUAAGUAGGGCUGAUUAUCAUGAAACGGUUAUUACCGAACUCACCGAACGUUUAGUAUCAAAAUUACGUUCACUCGGCAACAAUCAAACACCUGAAAAUGUACAUAGACUAGAACGACAUUUGGAGCGCUGUUUUCGUCUUUAUCGUGUUCCGAGGAUUAGGCCUAUAGUUUUGGAAACACUUGCUAGAUUACCUAAAGUUGCGGACAGAUAUUUGAAGCUCAUAAUUUGUGAUAAGGAACUCUAUGAUCAAUGUUCAGUCUCUGUCCGUCAACAAAUUUGGGUUAAAAACGAAACUCUUUUUCUAGAAUCAAUCGAACCCAUUUUGGAUAGUUACAUUUCUGAGGAAAGAAGACAACAUUUAAUAUUUGGAGAAAAAGGUUCCGAUGUCUUAAAUGAAUCGCUAAGUGAAGGACACGGCCAACAAUUGCUUUCCCCGGGCAUAAACGUUACUAGUAGCUUUUUUGCUGGGGAAGUAGCUACUAAACAGAGACGUCAGAGAAAACAAGUACAAGAAUUAAUCUCAAUGAUUGGGUUAAGAGAACAACUUUAUACUAGACUAGUGGAUACUCUUCGUGAACGUUUUUUGGCAACAGAAAAUCCUUAUUAUUGUUCUCUGCGGUUUGAUUUAUUAAUGGCUCUUAGAGAUGUAAAUAUGGAAUUUUAUGUUUGUCACUAUUUUGCUUGGUGUUUAGAUGCUUGUUCUAAACAUUUGAGAACUAAACAUUUGGAUGUUCAACAAUUAAAUAAAUUAAAGACGUUAUUAGAAAGUGGUGGUGGAGGAAAGAAAUGCCAAAACAAGGCAAUAAUAAUUCCUGAAAUGGCAAUGAUCGCAGGAGAUCCCCAUAUACUUCAUUUAAUUGCUUCUUUCGCUGUCAAAAUGUUGAGAGAUAAUGCUGCUAGUCCUCGUCCACAUUUGCCUAAAGAAAUGGGUUCUUUACAAUUACUUUUAAAAUUGUUAGUAAUGGGCAUCCACUGCAAAUCUUUAUUGUUGGGAGAGGAACAGUUAAUUAAUUUGAUUGAGGGAGAGUUGAAAGAAGUUGUUGGACACUUUUUACCUUCUUUUUCUACAAUGCUUGUACAGGAUGCAAUCCGUGCAGAAUUAACACUUUCAACUCCAAUAAACCUUCCUUCUCAAACAGAAGAAUUUUUAUUUUCUGAUCAAAGACCUCCUUCAAUUGAUAAAUUUAUAAAAGAAAAAUAUUUGUGUUCACUUUUGUGGUUACACCAUUUAGUUUUGGGUGGCGAAUUUUGCCCUUUAAGUGGAACAAUUAAAAGAAGACAACUAUUUGACCCUUCAAAUGCUUUUAGAUAUUGUGAACCUUUAAUUUGGAUGGCUAAAAAUUUAGCAAUCAAAGAUCCAUGGGUACAAUUACUAGUCCAAAAAUUGAUGCAAUUCCCGGCAUGUCUUUCAAAUGAAUUAACAGCAAAUUUAUUUAUUCAACAAUUUUUUAUUCCAAAUUUAAAGCGUAUUCCUAGUGCCAAAUUUAAUUUGCUACGUUUAACUUGUCAUCAUCGUUCAACUAUUCCACUAAAAAUUUUUGUAAAUUCCUUGGAAGAAUUGUUAAAUAUAUUUAAUAAAUGCCAAGAAUAUUUGAAGGAAUUGGAAGAAGAAAAAGAAUUGGAAGAGGGGGAAGUUGGGAAUGAAGAGGAGGAGGAAGAGGAAGGAAUUAAUGAUAAAAUAUUGUGUCUAGCUUUUAUUAAAGAAUUUGGGAAAUUGAAGGAAUUGAUGGAAGAGGUUUUCUUUUUUAAUUUUUUUUUAAUAUAA